UGUAACGAAACGGUCCACUCGAACACACGCGAAGGUUAUUAGAAUAGGAAAAACAUAAACACUUCAUGGUCUUUCAAUAGAAGCAAAAUGUAUCGUUUGACAUUUUCGAUAGUUUUCCUUUUUGUGUGGACAUUAUGUGAAAUAGUCGUUAUCAAAAAACAAAAAGACAAAAUAUAUAGUGGCCAUGUGCUGUUUGAGGUUCCAAUGCCGAUGUGGUCAAUAUGUGCUCAAUAUUGCUCAAGAAUAAAAGUAUGCAAAUCUAUUAACUUUAUAGCAGCGAAUAAAACAUGCCAAAUAAAUAAUCAUGAACCGGAAACAAGUAAAUGUAGUGGACUCGUUGAGAGUAUUGGUAAUAGCUUUGCUGCUGCCUCGACUUUUCCAAAGGAACUAGCUGGUCAGUGCAAUGGUAAUAAGUGUACGAUCAAUGAGGCCUGUAUGCCAAGUGGAACGAAUUACUAUUGUGUUCCAUUACCUAUUCAGUUAUCUGAAAAUAGCACACCUUCAGACCUUCGCCCACGUGACUGCGGUGACCUUCCAGAAGGAAGUGAAUCAGGGGUAUAUACAAUAUAUCCAACAAAUAAGAAGUUUGAUGUUUACUGUGACAUGGAUACAGCAGGAUUUGGUUGGACCGUUUUCCAGAGCAGAAUAAACGGAAAUGUUGAUUUUUACAAAGGAUGGACCGAUUAUGAAAUUGGAUUUGGAAAUUUGAAAUCUGAGUUUUGGUUGGGAAAUAAUUUCAUAAAUGUUCUUACCUCUUCUGGAAACUACAAGCUUUACAUACACCUUGAAGAUUUUAGAGGGAAUUCAAGAUAUGCAGAGUAUGACGAAUUCUGUGUCGGAGAUGCCACAACACAGUAUACUUUGAAUAUAGAUGGAUAUAGCGGUGAUGCAGAUAUAACUUCACAACAUCACUUGAGUAUUUCGAAUAAAGGGAGGAGUGAUAUAUUCCAAUGAGAUAUCAAUCCAACACUAUAAACAACAUAAAAUCUGCAUAACAAAAUGCUGAAUUAUACUAGUUAAAAUGUUUACUACAUUAUCAUUGAAACGAAAUUUUAAUAAAAGGUAUAGCUAGUUAAUUUAAACAAAAUGUUCAGAAAAUUCAUAAUUACAAGUACUGUACUUCGUUUAAUAAUUCAUUCGCAAUGAUUUUAAAUAAUAGAAUACAAAAAUAAAUAAAUAUCAACUAAUUCUGGUACGAAAUUUCUUUAUUACGAAUUGAAGGAGAACGAAGACGUGCUAUUGAUUGUUAUUUUAUU